UAUUAGAUACGGUGGCUUGUACCAGUAUUUAUAGGGAUGCAAGUUUCACAUUUCAUCAUACAGCUUUCCUACAAGCAAUCCAGCAGCGGUUUCAUCGUAGAUCUGUGAUCUCAAGCUCAGCCUGUAUUCAAGAUGAGUUGCAAACUUUCCUUGGUACUUGCCGUCUUGGCAUUAGCAGCUAUCUUUUCCACGAAGCAAUGUGAUGCAGUCUAUGUGGGUGGAGUAGACGUCUAUGGAAAUAGAUAUGGAUCCCCCUAUGGUUAUAAUGGAUACUAUGGUUAUUAUGGAUCCCCCUAUGGAUACUCCUAUGGAUACCCCUAUUAUGGAGGAUAUUCAUCCUAUUACGGAUACCCAUAUGGUGGUUAUUAUGGCGGAUAUGGUGCAUACCCCUAUAGCUAUUAUAACGGAUACCCAUAUGGUGGUUAUUAUGGCGGAUAUGGUGCAUACCCCCCCUAUAGCUAUUAUGGCGGAUACCCAUCAGGGUGUGGUGGGCUUGGGUAUGGAUAUGGUAGGUACUGAAGAAUUGGUACUCCAAGGUCAUGCUGGUGAAUAAUCUUGAAUUUCUUGUGUCAACCAGUGAUUAAUUAGCACUUUGCUGAAUAAAUAUUGAAAUGAGAUAAA